GAAAGUUCCAUGUUACUCCCCUCCUUACAAAGCUUUAUAAAAUCAUCCAUGAACCUCCUUAAUCUCUCGUUCUCAACAUACACAUAAAAAUAAACUCAUUAAUUUUCGUACCAACUUGAGAUUAUCUUUUGUUAGAUUGAUUCGGAGAUGUACGGUGUUGGUGGAUCAGGGACACUGGGUCUGGCAGAGGUUUACGCGAUGAGAAAGAUAUUUAAGGAAAAGAUGAAGACGAAGCUUGCGGCGGUAGAGACAGAGGAAGAGAAAGAUAAUGUUGGAGAAAAGAAUAAAACCAAAGAAAUGAAGAUUACCAAGAAGACCCUCAAGACUAAUCCGAGGGUUUCCUCUGCAGAUAUUUAAACAUCUCUGUGUUACUGUGUAUUUAACUUGUAACUAUUUUAUGAUGGUUCGAUUUGUUCUUUCUGUAAUAUAUAUAUAUAUAUAUAUAUAUAUAUUUUCAGAUUUAGUUUUUUCUCACAGUUAAUAGCAAAAUUGUUGCUUGUUACCCUAAAUCUAAUGCAUCCUUCAUUUCAAUUUA